AUGCGAAAUCGCAUGAAAACGUUCACGGUACUUCCAUGCUUCAUCAUCAGCGCCAUUCAUCUGAUACCUGACUGGGAGCGCGCAAAGUUCUUCAGUUUUCUCGAACUCUGCCUUGACUUUCCAUUGCACUUAAUCUAUCUGGUAAGUCAGCCGGGAGGACACGGAGCCCAAGACUCUUCACUUUGUCAGUCGCUCUGUUUGUCGUUGGGCCCAGUCUGCACCACGUUUACGCCCAGGACGAUGGUGAAGAGCCAACCCUGUACUGUACCUCGCUUCAUCCGGUCUGGCUCUACACUCUUCGUCACGUAUCACGACAUUUCGCCACUUAGACCCAAUCACUGGUUACGAGGCCCUUGA